UUCCUGCAGCCCUGGCGUUCUCAGAGAGAGGAAUCUAGGUGGGGCCCUCCCCUCCCAAGAAGUUUUUCUGCUCAUUACAAAGCCCAGCGCUUACUCACUCUGCGCUCACACACAAGCGCUGCUGAAGGACACUUUCUUCAAGAAUAUUCCGUCCAGUCCCUCAGGCUUCUUCGUUUCUUUUUGAUUGUUGCUGCUGCCGAAGAUUGUCUGGGCAAAAUGGUGAGGUGCGGCCUGGCUUGUUGGCGGUGCAGAUGGCUGCUGCCUCUGCUCUUGGGUUUAGCGAUCAUCCUUGGCAUAAUUGCUUUGGCUGGCCGGGGCUGGUUGGAGUCGGCGUCGUACCCCUAUGUCCGCCAAGCGUCUCUCUGGUCUGACUGCAUGAAACGUCCAGAAGAUUACAACUGGCUUUGCACUUCUCUCAUGAAUUACAGUUGGGGUAGAGCAGCAGCUGCCACAUUCCUCGUUGGCUUUAUCAUUCUGUGCAUCUGUUUCUGCCUGGCAGUCAUCGCAUUUUCUAUUGAAAUACUGAGGUUUAACUUUGUUCGAGGAAUCGGAGGCUUGCUUUUCCUUGCUGCUGCUUUCUUAAUUAUAGGUUUGGUGAUCUAUCCUGUGAUGUUCACUGAAGAUAUUCCUCUGACAGGAGCAAACAUGUUCAGCUGGGCCUAUGGCUUUGGCUGGGCAACUACUAUUAUUGUGAUAGGAUGUGCAUUCUUUUUCUGCUGUCUCCCCAACUGGGAAGAUGAAGUCCUGGGCAACAUAAAGCCCCUCUACUAUGUUGGAGAAGGAGUUUGAUAUGAAGCUGAAAAGAUUAUUUGAAGCCGAAAAGAUUAUUUGAAUAAAUAAUACAAACAAUAUUGCUUUUGCUUUACAUGAAAGACCAGAACUUGCUGUUAUGUCAUAUUUUUGUCUGAGAUAUUUUGUCUUGAGUUACUAGGUUUGUUUUUUUCCAAUAAAUAUACCAACUUCACAAUUUCUUUUUAGACAAGUGUUCACUUUCAGAUCUGGGAACUGUUAAAUUACAGGAAGGAAAGCAUCCUGUAUUUUGAUAGCUAAUAUGGGUUUCGUUUUCCUAAUUAUUGCUUCUUCGUGGGAAAGAAAUGUGAUGGUGUGAUUUGUUCCUUAAUAUGUUACUGAGUAAGUAGAUUGCAAGAAUAUUUUCACUGAUUAUGUUCUAGCACUGUCAUUCAGGAAGGAUCCUUAUCAUACACUAUUUGGCCAAAGUGGAUUUUAGAACAGAUGUGCUUCUAAAAAGUAUAGUCAAAAUUAAAAAUAAAUAAAUAUGCAGGAGCAAUGCUUGUAGGAACUACACUCAGUGAAGUUCACUUGAGAAUAAGAAUGAGGACUUCAGCCUAAAGAAAUAAUAUAGAACGGUAUAAUGUAUUGCCAUUUUGCGGUUCCUUGUGUUUUAUGCAAAUCUGCAAAAUGUUCCAAACACCAAUAUGUAUUUAAUAUAUGCUGUAACUGCGAAUGUUUAAAUUGGAGAAUUUAAAAACCAGCCUUACAGCUGUAUUUCUACCAGCAACCCCAUUAAAUCCUUUGUAUCAUAACUUUUUCUUUGCUGAAUGGAUAUCAAAAUUAUUCAAAUGCAUCUGACAAAGAGAACUGUGAUUCUCGAAAGCUUAUGCUACAGUAAAGUUGGUUAGUCUUAAAGGUGCUACUGGACUCGAUUUUGCUACUGCAGACUAACACAGCUAACUCCUCUGGAGCUAAAAUUAUUAGAUUAAUAUUUUUCCUGAGAUGUAAAAUAGAUGUCAAUACAACUAAAGAAUACCAAAAGACCAUAUAACAUAAGUAAUAGCUCUACUCAAAAUAUUGUAUGAUUCCCCAUAUUCUUGAUAUUACAAAAAAUCACUGGACAGUUCAGCUUGGCAAAAUGACAGCAGUAAAUUUUCUAGAUCCAGUGGUUCAAAAUGUCUGUAAGAUGAUUUUGCAAGUUUGAAACAUUAGUUAACUAAAAGCAUGUUUAGUGUGAGCAGUCUAUUACAUGCCUUAAUUGUACCCUCUAACUGAGAUUAAGACAUUUUUUAAAAGUUUUCAAAGCAGUUAGAUUUUCAUGUAAUGAUACAGCAGGGUACAGUGGCAUCUUAGAUACCAACAAGACUUCCAGGGUAUAAGCUUUCAAGUGUCCGAGCUCCCUUCUUCAGAUAACAAUAUCAGCUAUCUUGCUGUUCUAUCCUGCUCCAGACCACCUAAAACUAUCUUCAGGUAGUGAUGUGUGGAAUUCUUAACACAUUUUAAAGACUUACACAGUAGUGGCUGGGAACUUGGAGUGAAAUGUGUGUAUAUUUUUAUUUACUCAAAAUAUUUAAACCCUGCAAACAGUGCAUUUAUUGUGAUAGCUAUUGAAUGAAAUAUGCUACUGCUAAGAGUCUGUAUUACAUAUAUCUAUUAUACCUUUUAAAAAAAUCAGUUGAAAUAUUUUAUAUUGCAAUUAUAAUUUCAGAUAUGAUGAUAUUUUAUCAUUCUAAUGGGCACAAAUGUUCAUCUAGAUUCCUUAAGCGUUUCAUAUAAAACUACUGAAGUUGCCAUCUGCACUGACUUCAGGGGUCUUACUAGUGCUUCAUUCUGCAUAUUGCAUUGUGGCCUAGAUUUAUAUGAAACACACUACAUACAAGAACAGAAGUGGUGAUACCUCAUUUUCUGAAGGAAGUGAAAUACCUGCUGUAUUUAGUAAAUUUUUGUGCAAAUGAGUAAUUAGAAAAGGUUAAGUGGAAAAAGUUUUUUAAGAACAGACAAGGGAAUUUUUAGGGUUGCCGAUCCAGCUUGGAGAAUUGCUGGAGCUUUGAGAGCAGAGCUUGGGGACGGCAGGGAGUUCAGUGGUGAUGCAAUUUCACAUACUCCACCCUCGAAGCUGCAGUUUCUUCCAGGAGAGAGGAUCUCUGUUAUCUAGAGAUCUGUUGUUAUUCCAAGAGAUCUCCAGGCCCUUGGAAGUUUGCAGCUCCAUUCAUUAAACAAAGGAGCCUUGUGGCUUCUUGCACCAGGGAACCAGGGAUUUUUGAUAAGAUUUAAAUGGUAAAUUUUCAAUGUGAUGUAAUUUUUAGGGAAUGGAGGCAAGCUUCUACUUCCCAUGGCAUAUGGAUAUAUUUAUGUUGCAGAAUCUCAUCUUCCUGGCCCUCUUCCAUUGUAGCUCCUUGUUUCCAUUUCCCAGGCUCUACAAACCAGCUGGAUCAAAAGGGUUUUUUUGAAAAAAAUAAGUGGGAAACCUUGCAUCCAGAAUAAUUUAAAAAAAAACUUUAUAUAAUGUUUUUCAGGUCAUGUAAUUUGAUAUUUUAGCACAGAUUUGUAGACCUUACUCAAAACCUUACAUUUUCAGAAUAAACAGUUUAAACUCUGUAAGUACAAGUUACCCGAAUGAUAGUUUUUAUAGUGUACAAACAUCAGUUAAAUAAACCAGUUUUAUACAUUCAA